AUGUCUCCCAUAACAGACGAUCUUGUUCUUCCUCGCCCUGGUGCAGAAACCUCAUCCCAAGAGCCGAUACAAGGCCCUUCAGAAGAAUCAUUCAUCCAAGCUUUUGGAGCCUUGCUCCCACCUGCCAAGUUUCUCCAAACUGCCCACGGCAAAGUUGCUUAUUAUGAGACCCUCCCUGCAGCGUCCGAGCAGCCAAUCGAUCGUGUACUUUUCAUACAUGGCGUCCAGACCCCGGCACUAGGCAUGCUCCCUCUCGUCCGCGCCCUCGAAAAGUCUUUUCCUCAUGCGCAUCUGGUUUUGGUAGAUCUCUGGGGCCAUGGACUUAGCGACACGCCUAUUCGACCUCAUGAACCGUCCUUGUUCCAUCAAUUGAUUGAUGACUUGCUUGAUCAUCUCCAGUGGUCUUCCGCUCACCUCGUUGGUUUUUCUUUUGGUGGAGCUACCACGGUUAGCUAUGUUGUAAACAGAUCAACUCGUGUAAAGAGUUUCACACUUGUUGCUCCCGCUGGUCUUUUACGUUCGUCUGAUUUCACAAUGGAGCAACAAUCUUACCUCCGCGGUGACGAUGAACAAGCAGCGAGGAGAUGGAUUUUGGAAUUCCUUGAGGGCGGUGAACUUGUCGUGCCUCAGGAUUGGAAAGAAAGAGUUGCAAACGGUGAGGUCGUGGCUGAAGCAGUGAGACAUUGGCAAAUACAAGAGCAUCCUGGGCACCUGGCCUCUGUCGUAGCGAUUUUCAGAGAUGGUGGUGUGAUGGAUUCACAUGUGCAGUUUUCUAAAGUGUCUCAGUUGGAGAUACCAAAUCUUGCCGUGCUGGGUGAAAUGGACGAUCUGGUGACCGCGCAGCAGCUCGAGGAGCAUGGUUUCAAAAACGUGUUUGUUGUUUCUGGGGCAGGUCAUGGAGUGGUGAGGGAUAGAGUGAAUGAAGUGGCAGCUCUGAUUUGUGAUUUCUGGAAUGGACUCGAUAGUUAG